GAUCAAGCAUGCAAAGAAUGCCGACGGAGGAAGUCAAAAUGCAACAAGGGAAUACCCACGUGUAACAUGUGCCUGAGAUACAGAAGGCACUGUCUAUACGAAAAACACUCUCGAACUCCAUUGACCAGGAGACACCUUACAGAAGUAGAAGAAAGACUAGAGCAGGCUGAGGCUUUGAUCCGACAACUGCGAGCGGCUCUUCCUCAACAUACUAUUCUCAGCGAAGGAUCGAACAAUACCCCUGCCUCACCCAGCGAGAUCUCUCAUGAUGGCACGCUAGCUCACAACAAGCGACAGCCAAGAUUGACCUCAGAGGAGGCGGGGACUUCUUCACGUCCUAGACAAUCCAUCUGUAGUGAGCUGCAGAUUCUCGAUGGCAUGGCAUCCUUGACGGUCUCCGAACAGCGUAGUGGCUACCUUGGCAUUGCUUCAGGUGCGGCUUUCUUACGCCUCCUAGAGCCCGUAGGGUCCAGGACUGCCCAAGGCCACGCGCAUGUUGAGACGGAUGCCAGUAUUUCCAUUAUCACACUUCCCAACUUAAACAGACACAUCGCCGACUCGAUGAUCGAUGCAUACUUCAGGAUUUACCACGUCAGUUACCCCAUCGUUCACGAACCAACAUUCCGAGCCCAGUACUCGGAGGUCAUUCCAAGGCCCAACGGCCGAUCUUGGUAUAUCCUGGCAUAUGUUAUGGCGGCUCUUGGAGUGUAUACGACUGCGACUACUCUGAACAAUCUGGAUCUGGAUAUCUUCCAUCACACCAAGUCACUACUGUCCUUCGACGUGCUUGAAGUCGGUAGCUUAACAAUGGUUCAGGCUCUGACGUUGAUCUCGAAUUAUCAACAGAAGAGAGACAAGCCCAAUGCCGCCUAUAGUUACUCCGGAUUGGCUGCGAGAAUGGCCAUGGCGCUUGGAUUACACAAAGACUUCCAGGGAUGGAAGAUUUCCCCUCUAAGCAUGGAAAUUCGACGGAGAGUCUGGUGGACGCUGAGCAUUUUUGACAUUGGGGCUACCAUAACAUUCGGUCGACCACAGGUGUGCCCAUUCAACGGUGUUGACAUAUCGUUGCCCAUGAACGUCCACGAUAAGGAUCUCACGGCUAUGUCUGCUACUUUCCCCCCCGAUCCACACGAGAUCUCCGUUUACACGGCGGUCCGGACGCAGGCAAGGUUUCACAUCGCCACCAAUCCGAUAUAUAUUCGCAUCAUUUCCAAGCCUUUGCCUACCGCUCGGGAACUGCUUCUACUAGAGGACCAGUGCCUGGGACCAUGGAUGGAAAACACGCCAUCAUAUUUCUCAGCAACAGUCUCUGUACCGCCCAAGCAUGUAUUUUCUCAUUCUGUCAUGCAAUGGAGGUGGCGAAACUUCCGCAUGAUCAUGUACCGGCCUUUCGUCAUCCGGCGAGCGUUGCUUGCGCGCAGCGGCCGCCGAGAUAACUCGAGUUCAGAGUCGCUUCAAGCCUACGAGCGAUGCCUCAAUGAUGCAAAAGAGACCAUAUUAUCCAUUAGUGAGUUUUGGGCCACGAACGAUCAUAUUCGUCUCUUUGCGUGGUAUGCGUUAUAUUUCCUUUUUCAAGCAGCUCUGGUCCCCUGCAUCUGUCUCCAAAACGACCCUUCCUCUCCGAAAGCGCCUGACUGGCGCAAUCAAAUCGUCACCUCUCUCAAAGUCAUGGUGGCACUGGUGCCUGUCAAUCCAAGCGCCCGGAGAUGCCAUCAAGUCAUUGCAAGUCUCUGCAGGGCGCAUGUGAACUCUUCGACACCCCUUCCAGACGAUGCCAGCCUCGAAGCUGCGUCGAUGCUGCAACCAGAGAGUGUCUUUGGC